CAAUGAUGUAAGAUACUGCCGAGGAUGGCGUUGGUCAGAGACCGGGCCCCGAGACCCAACGGUGGCACAUAUAUUGGUCUCCUGCGACAACUUAAGAACGUUGAUUGUGUCGUCUGCUGUCGUCAGCGUAGCAUCCACUUAGCUCGCCUUGGACUGCAGUGAUGGCGGCAAGCAUAUGUCUAUCUUCAAUCAAUACACAUCUCCACUCAUUUGCAUGGCACGGAACUGCACAAGCUCUCGGCGCUACAGAUUCGGUAUUGUUUGGUAUAUUCACAGACGACACCACAAACUUUUGAAUGGAAGGACCGCAAAGAUAGGUCGUGUAUAAUUAGCUGUCACGUGAUUGCUCCAUUCAUUAUGCACAGCGUUGGGUGAUGUCAGCCUCCAUGGCAUUAGCGCCAGAAAUGUAAAUUAUUGUCGGUAGUUUUGCCCUCAGUGAAACAGAUUUGUGAUACACAGAGCAUCCAGUCAGAUCGCCCGUGAUUCCAUCGGUAAGGGCUGACAGCGGACAUGCCACAACACGGCGAGGGUAGUAGACGUUGCUGUCGCCGCCGUUGAAGUUAUCGUUGCUGCUGCUACUGUGUGAUUGUGAUUCCCUGGUUGCCAAGACGGUGUGCGACGGUGGACCCAGAAUCCGUGGACUCGCAAGGCUGUUUGCCCUGAUUUUCUACACGCUGUCAACUGUCGCGAUUCGCAGGUGUAUAAUGGAGACGUAAUAUGUGUUCGUUGGGGGGGUGACUCCAUUCCAAGGCAAGCUGUCGAGUGUCACUAACGUCCUCCAUGCUGCAAGUAGGCACGUGUGCCGUUGCCAAUGAGUAAGUCGUCAAUGUGUCCGUCAGUCAGUCCGUCCGUGGUUGAGUUAAUCAUGUCUGCUCUUCUCUCUUUGCUCUGUUGGCCUACUCUAUGACCUAGCUGAUACCCUGUGACUGUCAAUGCAGUAAGCUAUAGUCUCGCAGGGCGCCUACCUUGCCGCCGGAAGCCGAUCUAGAUACUGGCGGCCAUGAUUGAUGCCAGGUGCGGUAGCUUGACGAUAUGUCAUGGCACACAUUUGUAGCCACGCUGGUGUCUUCACUCUCGUACUCCAGAACACCUGUAGCCAUGUAGCAUCUUUUCCACAUCGCGAGGGGACGCUAACCCUGCCGCCGUUCCACUGCUUGUCAGAUGAAGCGGGCCAUUGCUUCUGCAUAGCUCACUCGACACGGGAGAAGCUGUAGGCGCGCUGGAACCUCAAGGCAUCUGUUGUAUAUGGGAUGUUUGCACACAAAGCCUCACUCCUUGUUCAUCUGGUGUCGAAACAGAGAAUACUGUGCUCCAUGUCGUGAAUCCUGGGCCAUGGAGUUGCCGACGUCGUGUGACUAGCCAUGGAGAGCUCCGGCAGCGGCCAGGGCCGAGACGGGGAUCAUGGCAUGGCCGGCUCGAACCUCGGGUCCCGUGGGUCAUCUCUCCGUCACCAUACCUCACACUCCAGAAAGAGGGAUGACCCGACUUUACCUGUUCUGAGGGAAUCCUCUGCUAGGAGGAGAGAACGGGAAAUCGCCAAGCAAGAGGUAAAAAUAGCUCCCAAUCCCGUAACCUCCUCCGUCGCGUCCGACGCCGAGCAGGGUCUCUCACCCCCCACAGUCAUAAACAUGGGGGUAGUCCAUGAAGACAACACGCUCAGCCCCGGGCGGUACUACGCGUCUUCGGAAUCCGCUCCCCCGGACCCAUACACCAUCAUGAGGAGCAAACAGUUGUCCAAGAGGGUGAUACUAAAUGUUGGAGGUGUGAAACAUGAAGUUUUGUGGCGAACUCUCGAUCGGAUGCCUCACACUCGGUUAGGAAAGUUACGGGAUUGCAACACCCACGAGGCGAUAUUGGAUUUAUGUGAUGAUUAUUAUUUAGCGGAAAAUGAAUUCUUCUUUGACCGCCACCCGAGAUCGUUUGCAUCAAUAUUAAAUUUUUACCGCACGGGAAAACUACAUUUAGUGGAGGAAAUGUGUGUGCUUUCAUUCAGCGAAGAUUUGGAGUACUGGGGGAUAGACGAAUUGUAUCUAGAAUCAUGCUGCCAACACAAAUACCACCAGAAGAAGGAGCACGUGUUUGAGGAAAUACGGAAAGAGGCAGAGAGUAUAAGACAACGGGAUGAGGAGAACUUUGGGACGGGGGGUUGUGCAAAGUGGAGACAAAAGGUUUGGGAUCUAUUGGAGAAACCGACUACUUCCACGGCCGCAAGGGUAUUGGCUAUCAUAUCUAUCCUGUUCAUCGUGUUAUCCACAAUCGCGCUGACCCUUAAUACCAUCCCCCAGCUGCAGGAAAGACACAACCCGAAAGACCCCUCGGAUAACUCCGAGCUGGCUGUGGUGGAAGCUGUGUGCAUUGGCUGGUUUACACUAGAGUACUUAGCCCGAUUCUGGGCGUCGCCAAACAAGUGGAAGUUUUUCAAAGGCCCUCUAAAUGUGAUAGACCUUCUCGCCAUCCUACCUUAUUUCAUUUCCUUAGGAUUAACCGAAACGAACAAAAGCACUACAGAGCAAUUUCAAAAUGUGCGACGUGUUGUUCAAAUUUUUCGAAUUAUGCGAAUUUUACGUAUAUUAAAACUUGCCCGACACUCGACAGGCCUCCAAUCCCUUGGUUAUACGUUGCAACGGAGUUACAAGGAGUUGGGCUUACUGUUGAUGUUUCUUGCCAUUUCUAUUUUAUUAUUUUCAAGUUUAGCCUAUUUUGCUGAAAAAGAUGAGCCAGAGACUAAGUUCAAAAGUAUACCGGAGACGUUCUGGUGGGCAGCCAUCACUAUGACCACUGUGGGUUACGGUGAUAUAGCUCCAACUACUGUCCUGGGGAAGAUUGUCGGUAGUGUGUGUUGUAUAUGCGGUGUGCUUGUUAUUGCAUUGCCGAUUCCUAUUAUAGUGAACAACUUUGCGGAGUUUUAUAAGGACCAGAUGCGCAGAGAGAAGGCGUUCAAGCGACGCGAGGCGCUAGAGAAAGCCAAGAGGACGGGCAGUAUAGUGUCCUUCCACUCCAUCAACUUGCGCGAUGCCUUCGCCCGCAGUGUCGACCUCAUGGAGGUCAACUCCCCCAGCCAUAAGGGAGACAACUGCGGCGGGGAUGACAGUAGUACAGACAGCAAGUGUGCUCCGAGUCCACCUCCUUGUGUGAUCAAGUACAACCAGACGCAGUUUCCUCACACUGGCGCCGAGGACUGUGACGACGUCAAGGGGAUGCCUGUCGACAACUCCAGCACCAACAACCUGCUUGAUGCUGAUGAGGAAUCUCUUAAAAGGAUGACGUCAUCACAGCCACUUCUGAACUGCCAACCUCAGGGACGUUAUGAGCGGAUUACGCCUGAUAAAAGUUGUAUCGAAAUGAAACAACUCUACCGCCAGAACAGUUCGACGAGCACCGAUACGUUCACGAGCUGUGUCACCCACCCACAGAACAGCCCUUCUAUCACAGGCCCACCUUCUUCGGACACGCCAAAACACAACCUCUAUGUUAACCCUUUAGAGGACACGGGGGGAUAUACCAACCCCAAUGUCCCCCCGGAGUCUCACGCCUACCAGAACCUCCUCAACGACCUUCAGACCGACGCGCAACAGGAAACCGGAUUUAACAGACCGGAAGUUCAGUUCGCUCCCUCAAACCAGGUUGUGCAGCAGCUAGAGACUGGGUUGUCUACGACAUGGGAGUGUGCCUCCGCUCAGGGCUCCCCCGUUCAGUCCUCCUCACAACCGCACUCGCCAUCUAAGGGACUUCUUCAAGCGAAGAUGGCGCACCCUCAGAAAUCUAGCUUUAAAAGACAUAAAUCGCUUUCUGUUGAGAAACAUCCCCGCUUCUCGGAAGUGAAAGAGCGGAGUUACUGCUCCACUGACAAUCUACAUUCACAGGAAUAUACAAAGCCAAAGUUAAAAUUCAGGAAGGCCGUGUCUCUCGCCAGUCGCCUUCACGCCAGCCCGGCCACGGGACGGAAACUGGCCAACUAUCAUCUCAUCGCCAGCACUAAAUCAGGCUGCGAGCCCACCAGCCGCCGUCUUAACUCAGAAAAACUGUCGCCGAAGCAGCGCUCUAGCCCCUCCUUACUGGAACCGCCGCCCACUAAAAGGAAAUCUAUAUUAAAGAGGGACGUGGUUAAUCACGAGGAAACUGAGCAUUUGCUGCUUGCCGCGUGCAGAGAUGGAGAAUGCACGGGACAGUUCUCUAACUCUCCUCAAAACAGCAAUUUAUAUGAAAACAAUAUUAUAUCUUGUCACAAACCUCAUAUUGAGAUUGAUAUUACUCCGGAACCCCCUCCCCAUAACAGUACGAACUCUACCCCUGGGAUGCGUCACAUUGACAGCACAGACGAGGAGAGUCAACGCUUGACGCCUGACAGCCCCGAGCGAUCAGAAGAGGAUGUCGAGUUCAGCGACAGCGUUGCUGGCCCACAUAACAACGCGUUCUGGAAGCAGCUGCGUUGCCCAAGCCAAGGCUCUUCCCCUCUCAACGACACCAGCCCCUCGGACAAUCUGGAUGAAAGUUACAUUGGGUCAAAUUCUGCUGAUUAUUCGUUGUCUGACUCCAGUCUAUCCGACCCCAACCUUCUGAAGUCGUCCCCCUCCAGUGACGUGGUCAGUCGGACGGCCGGCAGCCAGAUGAGCGGCGAGGAACACACCGUCAGUAUUUACGACACCGCCGACUCUGGCCCAACUGACAGCGAUACCAAUAUGGAGAACGUUGUCAACAGUCUGCAGUCGGACGUUAGUCAGGACACGCGGGAAAACAUUCUCUUCCCAGAUUCCAGUGGCUAGCGGAGCCACCUGCUCACAAGUUCGCCAUCUUGCCACGGCGUGUGGACGGAUGUGAUGAAUGUCGGCAGGAAAACACUUGGCCAAUCAACUUGGUAUUAAAAGGCUUCCAGAUUGUCACGUGAUCAAUGCAAUUUUCUAAUGCCAUGGAGUGUGCUGCAAGUGACGUCACAGCUUCCAGGCAGGGGAGUGGGGUGGUUACCAUGGCGACCCUUGGCCACGCCAUUAACGUUUAUGCAAUUUCUAAAAUGUACAUUGGACAUUUUCUACAUUGGUUUUUGCCGGUUUCAAUAUGACUGUGAUCUUAGUAAGCUUAUGCGUAACUUUUUAACUCGCUUGACAAGUCUUGACAAGCACUCAGCAAUCCAACACUUUCAAGGCCAUCACCGUGCGAGAUCAAUGUUGUGCAUGAUUCUCAUGCUGCGUCACAAGACGCUUGGCACCGAUAUUCUGGGGAAACGGAGUGAUCUCGUCAGCUUAGGGCGCCACUGUACUGGGGCGCACUCGUGACACAAGCACUGUUCACAGCACGUGUAUGACCCAAUGAAGCAAACGUGUAACCCCAGAGGUUAAUGGAGGUUAAGUUCCAUUGAUGCUUUUCCCACUGACAUAGUUUCAAGUGAUGGAGACAAUUCACAGCUUGUUAUGUAUCUGUCAAGGUUCUUGCCAUGCUCAAUUCGUUAUCAGUGCAAGAGUUGUCCCCCUUGGGUUGUUCUUCCGGUCGGGAGAAAUGUUUGUUCCUUAACCUAUGUUUAAGCCGUUCAAAGUCUCUCGCACACUGGGAUCUCUUGAGAUCUCGUUUGAACGAGAUUAUGAUUUUGUUGCUUUUCCCUGUGUGAAGAUGAUGAUCUUUGAAGACAAGUCCCUUGGUUUUGGAACUCAGCUACUUAGCAUUUGUUGGACAACUACUGUGAUCCAAUAUUACCUCAGUAUCUUUCACUAGACAGCAAUCUUAGUGUGUGAGUGAGUGAGCAAAAUUCAAGCCAUAUCGCGGCGAGUGACCCAAGUAAUGCACUUCCCACAUUUGGGUAAUUGAAUCCUGGUUUGGGUGUAUCGGGCGAACACUUUCACUGCGAGGCUCCUCCACGUCCACUAAUUGUAAAUAUAUUUAAUGUAGAAUGUAUUUAAGACAAAAAAAUUAUGGAUGAGCAACUUCUUUAUUACAAUUGGGCGACGUUUCGGUGUAGAUUCUAACACCGUUAUUAAGCAAAAGAUGAUUGUAAUAAAGAAGUUGCUCAUCCAUAACAAUUUUGUCUUAGUUACCAUUCCAACUUCUAAAUGCCACUCAAAGAAGUUAGAAUGUAUUUUACCUACAUGUGGACAUUUUGUAAAUACAGCAAAUCGAUCGAUCAGUGGAUGAUUGUAGCUAAUCCAGCAUCGGGGACAUGGGUUGUCCAUUGGACUAAGAGUUGCUUCCCCUGCUAGUGCCAGGAUCCACUGUGCAUUAAAUCGCACUGAUCAUGAUACCUGUCUGUCAACACCACACCCGUUCUUAUGGGUUUCACCAAAGUGGUAUACAUGUAUAUAUCAGCAACACUUAGGGCUUUCAUCCCACAUUAAGCAGGCACACCUUGAUAUAAUUGGCAUAGUGUUCAAAACAUUGUUAAACCAUACUAUCCAGCAUUGGGCAGGCAUGGGGCACAGUGGUUAAUGUGUUCGCCCGUGCCCGACAACUGUUACUAUGGAAGUUCCAUUUCGUUAUCCCCCACUAGUUGUAAUAACGAUAACCUAGUGCUAAAAAGGGACUUGAAACUCUCUUCACUCUCACCCACUCACUCACUCACUCACUAUCUACUUAGGUGUGUAAGAGUUCCAACGUCUGAGAAGGUGAGCUACAUGCCUCCAUUUGUUACUUAUUAACGCAAGGAGAACACGACACAGUUUCCAUUUUUGUUAGGAAGCUAACUGCUCAUGAAAGAUUACAUACAUGUGCCUAUGUUGUUUACUACAUCUACAGUACUGUAGCUAUUGACAGUCAAGUCUGAUAGAAAUCAAGGCAAUUGCCAUGACAACCAGUCUCUUCAUGAGUUUGAAAAAAAAUGUCGGGUGACAUAAGUUAGGAUUCCUUCUGCAUCCCAUGCUUUGGCUCCAGUGUGAGUUACUUGUAACUGUGAGUAUUACCGUUGCAUUACCUGAACAGCCAGGCAUUAUGAUCACAAUGAAUUACGUUAGUACAAGGCAGUUUAUCCGAUCAUCAACACCCCCCUGUGGUAAAUAUCAAAACCUCAGUUAUCCUAUCUUUACAUACUUGUACAGGUGCCCAUUGAUACGAAUUACGUCCCGGGAUAUUUUCGGACUUCUAAGUUGAAUAUCGUCUUGGAAAUGACGGACAAAAUGUAAACCGUCUUUACAUUUGUGAUAAAUCCCCUUCACAGCAGUUACAGUUAAAGGUACGCUCCAGUGACUUCGUCACCAGUCGUAGUCGUAUUUGCCAUUGACAGUCAUUUAUUGCAGGAGUAAAUGACGUUGACAUACAACUGCCGUCACUACUUCCGGUUGUACCGGAAUUGCUCCAGUAUGCUUUGUGAUAUACUAUACUACUCAAAAUAAAUUAAGAAUCACCUGGUUUUUUCAUAUUACCAUAGUCAAUCUGUUAUUUCAUGACGAAUUAACUGUAGUAAUAUGAAGAAUCGUGUGAUCCUUAACAUAUUUUGAGUAGUAUAUUUUAAGCAUUGUUUGACUUUUAUUGGUAUUUAUCAGGUUUCAAGUACAGGCCGACGAAUACUAACUAGAUCAGUUACCUAACUGUAUCUGGUGAUAUUGGAGAUUUCCUUCUGAACUGACCAGAAAUUAGGUAUUGGCAAUUGCUUGAUCAAUGACUUGCUGUCGAUAGCUAUAGAUAGGAGUACAAAAAUACGGUUUAUAUUGAAGUAUUUUAUCAGUUUAGAGUAGGAGUCCUUACUAUGGAUAGUUGAACAUCUUGUUAGUAAGUUCUGUGAUGUGCAUCUGUAGGUCUAUGGUUAUUUCUGUCAUCGCCUGGUUCAUGUUGUACUAGCAUGACAGCUAUAUUUUUUACAUCAUUAACAUCAAUGCGAUACAGGUUGUUGUGGCAAUGAGACAACCCACCACAACCAACCACAGCAUACUAUUGAAUCAGUAACCAUGUUUCCAAAUCAAUUCUUUAAUAAUACCGUGGGACUAAAAUAACUAACGAAUGUGUAAUUCACCUUUCUUACGGAUGUCCUAACGCGCCACUUCCUUAUGGGCGCUCUGUAUUAUUCUGUUUCUUAGUAGAUCAUGUUUACAUAAUGCGUGGAUAAGGCACCUCAAAACCAUUAAGCUUGUUCACGGAAAAGAAUUUAUAUUAACAAAUAAACCUCAUGGUUUGAACCUGUAUAAUUAAGAUUAGUUUUCAGAGCGUAUGUGUCGAAUAGUAUUCUUUGUAACAUCGCUUUAAACAUGUGAGGGGCCAGUCAGUAAUUACAUGGGUUGUUUGAGGAUAUGUUAUCAAUAACUUUACUAAAGUAAUAUACCCUCCCCACAAUUAUUAUCUUGGACUUUCACAAUUGCGGGCUUAUAUUUCAUGACUUUUAGAGAAAAAAUUAAUUUACGUGAAAAUAACUGGCAUUGUCAUUGCCAUAAACCUAAAUGGUUUCAGUGAAUCUCUCCAGCUAAGCUGCUCACACUUUUAGUAUUUGAGGGACUUGGAUUUAUUUUAUGGGGAAAACAAUAUUUGUUAAAAAAACCCAGAAAAAGUAGUUAUUGUAAAACACACACACACACACACAAAACAACAACACACAGGCACACCUGUAUUAACCAACACACGCCUCCCAGCUCAAUUACUGGCCCCUGACACACAAGCACACCUGUAUUAACCAACACACGCCUCCCAACUCAAUGACUGGCCCCUGACACACAAGCACACCUGUAUUAACCAACACACGCCUCCAAACUCAAUGACUGGCCCCUGACACACAAGCACACCUGUAUUAACCAACACACGCCUCCCAGCUCAAUGACUGGCCCCUGACACACAAGCACACCUGUAUUAACCAACACACGCCUCCAAACUCAAUGACUGGCCCCUGACACACAAGCACACCUGUAUUAACCAACACACGCCUCCCAGCUCAAUGACUGGCCCCUGACACACAAGCACACCUGUAUUAACCAACACACGCCUCCCAACUCAAUGACUGGUCCCUGAACUUCUACUACUUGUUCUUCGUGUCCAAAAGAAUCUUUUCCAGCAAGUUGAGGGUGAAGACGGCACCACAAGGACAUGAAACACUCCGACAGACAACAGAGUCCCCGGCAGUCUAUCAAUGUACCCAACACCAGAAGAUCCCUUUGUAUCCCUAUUUCAGUUCUACUGCUAUUUUUACAGUAUUAUGUACGAGUGACAUCCCUCAGUAAGAUGACUUGAUGUGUUUGUUUUGCGACAGUACGUAUUAGCCAAUCAGCCAACGCAUAUAGUCUGUAUGCACCAAUCAACAUCUCGGUCUUAGCAUAGACCCCGCGUCGUUACUAAGCAACGAAAGGUCGUUAUUUUGACCUCUGCAGAAAGAUACCAUGUUACACGUGUGUUGUGGUCGUGUAUGUAAUAGAUUUGCUAUUAUUGUGUCCGUUUGAAUCAGGUUGUAUAUUUGCAUUAUAAAUUUCGAUUAUGAUUUGAUUUUGUAACUCAAAGGUCAUUCUAUAUCUUAUCUUACCAUUCCACAGCGAGUGCGCCGUAACGUUCUCGCCUGUGAUUGGCAGAAGCUAGUCACGUGCGCUCUCGUCUCGUGCUGACGUUUUCUAUAACAAGUUUUGUAAUCUGCCCGUUGCGAGUUAAACUACCCUUUUGGAGUGUUUUACUACUAGGCUGUUGUGCAACGCACGACAGGUUCUAUGAACACAUUGAGAUGAACGGUAUAGACGUGUUUGCAUUGCACGUGAUCAACUUAUUCAUUUCAUUUAGCGUUAGCAGUUACCCCAGCUGGGUCAAGGUCGCCCUAGUGACGCCGUUAAAGGGAGGCUAGCCCGUAUAGGUUGAAGGUUGCGGGUUGGAGACUAGUCUAGGGCACUAGUCACACAUGCAGAUUUCUCACACGUGAUUGCUUUUCAUCACACGUGACUUGUUGGUCAGUAGAGGUCGAGACCUGGUCAAGUAGUGGUCACUUCAUGUAGCUCCUAGUAACUGAUUGCUAUUGUUAUUUCAAUGGAGCAAAUCAAUUUUGUGACACUACUCUUCAGAUGGGCUCAAAAACAUGUCACUAUUUAGUGGACCGAACAGAAUGUUACUAGAUGCAGAUUAUAGUCGGGAAUGUUGUCUAUUACGAUUCAGUUGGAGUGAGUGAGUGAGUGAGUAUGGUUUUACGCCACUUUAAGCAAUAUUCAAGCCACAAAAUGGGCUUCAAACAUUAUGGGAAUUAACCAUGUCUUCGGCGUGACGUCUUAACACUUUAACCACUGUGCUAUCUUCCUGGUACUGAACGAAACCCCUGACAGUUCUAGAUCAUGAACUAACUCUCCAUAUUGUAUGCAGAUUGAAUGGGGAAAUGUUUGAAUAACCACUGACUGACACAACCUGGUCUCCAGGCUCUGUCUUUAUCUUAGGAUGUAAGAAGUCCAUAGACUGUAACUCUCAGCUAAAGUUGGGUACCGUUAACUGUUACUUGGUAUGUGUUAUUUUGGUGUUUAGUCAGGAUUUGGGUUUACGGUAGAAUUCAUUGUUCCGCUGAACUAGGUGUAGAUUUGUCAGUAUAGAAUGCUGACAAACGAAUUCAAGUUCGAUUAGACGUGUUGUAUUUUCGAUCACAAUUAUCGAACUGAGAAACAAAUAUUAGUUUUGCCGUAAGUUCCUCAAGAUUGCAACAGCUUAUUAGUGGUAUGAUAUAUUUAAGUCGAUGCAAUUAUUUAAGAAUGACACAAUAAUUAAAAAUUUAUAGUAACACGUAACUGGCUAGCAUAGGGGUCGGGUAUGCCUCAUAAAUUCCCAGUAUUGGUGGUAUCUCUAUAUGGUUAGAUCUCUUUGGGUGAGGCAGCAAUGAGGCUGGAUCUCUCAGGUUGGUACAGAAGUGAGGCUAGAUCUCUUGGGGUGGUACAGAAGUGAGGCUAGAUCUCUUGGGGUGGUACAGAAGUGAGGCUAGAUCUCUUGGGGUGGUACAGAAGUGAGGCUAGAUCUCUUAGGGUGGUACAGAAGUGAGGCUAGAUCUCUUGGGGUGGUACAGAAGUGAGGCUAUAUCUCUUGGGGUGGUACAGCAAUGAGGCAGGAUCUCUCAAGUUGGUACAGCCAUGAGGCUAGAUCUCUCAGGUCCUGCAGCCAUGAGGCUAGAUCCCUCAGUUUCAUGCAGCGAUGUGGCUAGAGCUCGCAGGUUGGUAAAGUGAAAGGCUAGAUCUCUCAGGUUCUUGCAGUGAUCAGGUGAUGAGGCUAGAUUUCUGGGAGUGAUGCACAGAUAUGGCUAGAUCUCUAAGGUUGGUGAAGGCUAGAUCUCGUGAGGUGGUGCAGCCAUGAAUGAGGCUAGAUUUCUCAGGUUGGUAUAGCGCUGUGAUCUCUAGGUGGUGUGUCGAUGUACCUAGAUCUCUCAGAUUGGUACAGUGGAAAGGCUAGAUCUCUUGGGGUGGUGCAGUGAUGAGGCUCGAUCUCAAAUGGUCUAUGUGAUGAAAAAGCACCAGCUCCGAUGUCCCCAGACCAAGGUUAUGAGGCAAAAGUAGAACGACUGCAUUGGCCCCAAAUCAACGGCCUAUAUGUAGUGGGAGUAGAUCUCUGUUUAACUGACCGAAAAGCUGCAGCCCGUGUGCUAGACUCUGCAAAACCUACAAAGCCUCGGCUGUCGGGCUAGCUCAAUCAGUGCUGGGGGUACCUCGGCGAGUAAGCUAGGCGUUUCCAUUAUUGUUGAAUUGUAAUAAAAUGUUUGUUACUCUUA